UACAACACGUUUUGCUUUGUUCUUCCUCUAGUCUUCUAUACCUAUAAGCACUUCUAUGAGGAUCGCUUCUUUGCCUCAAGUGCAACGUUGACUCAGAGUUUAUAAUACGGCUUUGUUGGGAGGUUUUCUGUAACGUUGACACCGGGUUGACGAUGAAUGGAAAUAGUCCAUACGGAUGGCCUACAGGAAAUAUUCAAAGACCACAAAGCGUUGAUCACGGCCAUUGGUCAAGCGGGCCUCCAACACCUUAUCCUCAAUUCGCUCAGAAACUUCCUACAGUAACUGCACCUCAUUUGCAUCCAAUUCCAGGAACUCCGAGCUGGGUUUUGACACCUUUACCAUCACAUUUUCCGUUACCUGCCCCCCAUUAUCAUUACCAAACUUCCCCACCCGAAGUGAAUGAACUUCCGCCCUUGACUCCAGAUUCAAAUAGUGGAGAAGACGGAAAUCUUCCUGUCGUUGUAUCAAAUCCAACACCUUGGGGUCUACCGCCAUAUGGCUAUUCAGCAUCUCCCUUCCCUGUUAUGCCUGUCAUGGGACAUCGGCAUCAUCAUCAACAUCCUUCAAUGCGAGUUCCUCUGUAUUCAGCUAGACUGCGCGCUUCAAGUGAAAGCACUAUUCCGAUUUUGCACAUUCCUCGCUGGCGAAUCAAAGGCCGUCCAUCCCAUUGGAGAUCUGGGUAUAAACCUAGUGCAAGUACCCGCGUAAAAAUUUGCUUUUCAAAACCGAUCUGUGCCUCUUCUGUUCAUACGUUACACGAACUUAUCUCGUAUAAGUUUCCUCGACAGUUCCCCUUGCAACUGGAUCUUCGACAUCCAUAUACGAUGACCCUAUUUCACAAUCCCGAGCGCUAUUCCAAUAUAGUUGAUUUACAUCAGCUUGCUACUAGUCCUCCAACGCACGAAAUGCAGUUGUAUCAUCCCCUUUUACCUUGGCACGUCGACAUCAGGGCUAGUACUCCAAGCGGUAUCACCAUCGGCGACAUCUUGCAGCAAUUGUGUAACAGCCUCAGAACGCAAAUUGAGGAAACUGAUUACUCCAAUGAUGUUCUAACCUGGGAUGAAAAGCAUCAGAUUGUAGACACUUACUGUCUGCGGAAUGGUGGGUUACCGAGGAGCUUGGCAGAGGGGAUAUGUAGAGUUGACUUUCUUGGUCCCGAUGUACUCUUUCGAGGAUUGACUAAGACAAGAGAAGGAUGGCUAAUCAAAACAACCAGUCUCUAUUGAAAUAUGAUACAGUACCUCUUUCUUGGACAUUAAGCUAAUAAUAAUUUUACUGAACUACAU